ACAAAGUAAUGGAGUUUGAUCAUAGGAUACAAACAAUUGAUAGAAACAGGAAUGCAGAAAAACUUUGGCGGUUUGUCAAAGUGGCAGGAGUUAGUGUAUUAGUGGGUGGCUUUGCCGUGGCAGCGGUGCCCUUGGCUGUAUCGGCAAUGGGGUUCUCCAGCGCUGGGAUUGUUGGAGGCUCCCUGGCUGCCCGUAUGAUGUCUUGGGAAGCGAUCUUUAGGGGCGGAGGAGUAGCGGCGGGCGGUCUGGUCUCUACACUACAGAGAGUAGGAGCUGUUGGACUAUCUAAUGCUGCAAAAACUGUCAUUGGCACAAUAACAGGGGGAUUGUACGCCCUUUUCAGUGGAAACUCAGAAUACCAGAGACGAAAGAAUACAAUAAACCCGUGUAAAAUAUGCGUAGAUGGUGAAAUUAAUGCUCUGUUUAUGCCAUGCUGCCAUUUGUAUGCUUGUCAUCAAUGUGCUAAUCUGUUGAGUAUAUGUCCAGUCUGUCAGCAGGAAAUAGAAGAAAUCUACGUAAUUAUACAGAAAAAAUUCUACAAAUUACGCGGAAGGGAAAACAUGAAUAAAAGAUAUUCCACACGGAGGUCUAUAUUAUCCGAUCGCCGUAUCUACUAUAUGUUUAUUGUCAGAACAAUAAAAGUAAGCUUAAAAUUUUAAAAUCCUUCUUAUUUUUCGACUCAAUUUAGAUAAU